AUUGACGUGUGAGUAGAGCGCUGGAAACCAACGUCGUUGGUUUCGCCGUUUUGUCUCCGUUAUUCCUGCCAUGCUGUUCGCCGAGUGUCAAUAUGAGCAUCAGCUGGAGUGCGAUUUUCGGCGAUCAGUCCCCUGAAUCUGACGCUUCUCCCGAGUUUGUUAACUCUGGCGUCGAGUCGAGCCGGGAACACAAAUCACGCGACUGAGGCUAGACUUGGAGACGAACGAAGGCGUCAUGAUGACGGAAAAUUGGGGAGCAUCAGCUCUCGGCAAAAGUAAAUUCUACACGCAAAAUUCUUCCCUGACGAGGUGAGUAUCGGGAGGCGACUCGCGACAACAUCUCGAUCCCGUGAUGACUUCCCGUGGGAAAGCACGCGCACAAGUAUUCGAAGACCUCUUGGCUUGCAACGAGAUAGAUGUAACAGCUUUACGGAAGGCAUGUUUCCACGGAAUCCCCGACAGACCCGGAGUACGACCAUUGUGCUGGAAAAUUCUUCUCGGUUAUCUCAGCGGUGACAAGGCUCAAUGGCCAACGUAUCUCGAACAACAACGUCAGCUGUACAGUCGUUUUGUUCAGGAGAUGGUCAUCGAGUCCGGCACUGGUGGUGAAACCGCAGAGGACCAUCCCUUGAACAUGAAUCCUGACUCGAAAUGGCAGAGUUACUUCAAAGACAACGACGUGCUCUUACAAAUUGACAAAGACGUCCGAAGGCUCUGCCCCGAUAUCUCUUUCUUCCAGCAGCCCACUUCCUAUCCAUGCAAGAAAAUCGUCGACGAUCCUCUUGUAGAUUCCCUACGCGAGAGGGUCGCGAGGACGGUUCUUCGAUCCGGAGCCGUUCAGCGCAGUCGAACCGGUCUGACAAACGUAUCGCUAUUCAAAAAAAUUGCGACCGAAGAAUACUCUGCGCUCCCAAACGGCCAGGAAGCGCACUGGGAGGUUGUUGAGCGGAUACUCUUCAUCUAUGCAAAACUCAAUCCCGGUCUCAGCUACGUACAAGGUAUGAACGAAAUCAUCGGCCCCAUUUACUACACAUUUGCGAACGAUGCUGAUCAGGACGUGAAGGAGUUCGCCGAAGCCGAUGCAUUCUUCUGCUUCACGCAACUGAUGUCAGCAAUGCGAGAUUUUUUCCUCAACACGAUGGAUAACACCGUGAGCGGAAUCGGCGCCAUGAUGAAUCGGUUCAUGAACCAGCUACGAGAUCUCGACCCGGAGUUGCAUCACAGAUUGAACGCGCAGGACAUAAAGCCGCAAUUUUAUGCCUUCCGAUGGAUCACGCUAUUACUCAGUCAAGAGUUUUCGCUCCCGGAAGUGGUACGACUCUGGGACUCGAUCUUCGCGAUGAAUGAGCGCUUGGACUUCAAGUUCCUCCUGUCAACUUGCUGCGCCAUGGUGAUUCUGAUUCGGGACAGGCUGCUGGAAGGUGAUUUUGCGCACAACAUGAAACUUUUACAGAACUUUCCUCACGAUGAGAUGGAAGGUUCCACAAUCGAUCGCAUCUUGGUCAAAGCUCUCUGUCUCAACGAUAGCUCCCCGUCUGAAAGAUAGUCCAUCUAAACAUCUCAUUGCUAAGAUUCGACAAUCAUUGCCACGGCUCCACCGGGUUUACCGAAAGGAGCCUAUUUGCAGCGAGUUACUCCGUAGUAGUUUGAAAUCCAUUCGGUCGGAUGGAGCCGCGGUCGAGAUCGCCCGGGCGACCUCGAGAAGCGCGGGAACGACCUCGCUACUUCAGUGUACAAUUCCCGCAGUAAUGACAUCUUUCUAUGGACAUGGUGAUCGUUUUCCAAAUUCUGAGUUGUAUUAUUAAACGAGAGCAGGCGUUGGAUAUUAUAGGAUCUGAAACGAGUAUUUCGGUGAGUCCGAUCCGCACAAUAGUUGACGGGCUCUGAGAAAGAGCGAACAUAUCGUUUGACCUGUGGCCUUCAUUAAAUUCCGGGAGUUCACCACGAAAGUAUUCGAUCGUUGAAGAGAUUCGCGCGGAUAUUUUGAAAUCUUCCUUAAUGUCUCAGCGCUGUACAGACAGUCUGGACUCCUAGGUGCAUAUCGAAAAUGCGUCAUAGUCCUCUAAAAAUGUAAAUAAAAUGU